AUGGCUGCUGCAAUGGGGCCACUUCAAAUUGGUGGCUACGGCUCUGACCAAGUUUGUUUUUGGCUUCUUGAUAACGGUUAUCGUGUCCUUGUGUCUGCAUGUGACACGUUCCGAGCCGGAGCUGUCGAGCAGCUCCGCACUCACCAUCGCUCACUCGCUGCCAUUCGCAGACCUGACAAUGAGACAAAUCCUCCUCGUGUGAUGCUGUACGAGAAAGGCCAUGGGAAGGAUGCGGCGUCGAUUGCUAUGGAUUCGAUACGAUAUGCACGAGAUGCCGGAUUUGAUGUUGUGCUGAUUGAUACAGCAGGCAGGAUGCAGGACAACGAACCGUUGAUGAGAGCAUUGGCAAAGGAUGGUAGGAGACCCUACCAACUGACUGAUGGUGGACUGAGAAGACGACAGAGGAAAGAUGAACAGAAGUAUGCUGUUCUGUAUGCGGAGGGCACAGUGAGACCAGAAAUCAUGAAAUUGUGUUUCAUUGGUAAAGAAGGGGCAGGAGCAGACUGAAACAGUCGUGUCCAAGUUGCUUCCUUCUCUUCGUAAGAAACAAGAAGAUCCAUUCAUGGAGAAGGCAACACUCAUGAAGAGGAUCGAGCAGGAAGCAUGUCCAGGACAAGAGAAGAAGGUUGUAGAGAAGGUAGUUGAUUUUUUAGAUGAUUCAGGAGAGAUUGCUGUUGCCGGUGAUGUGGCAGCUCUCAAUCCUGCAUCUCUACAUCAUUAUGCCAUCGGUCCUCUCAUUGCUUCUGAUGAUUUUAAGUGGCACGUCAGGUCAAAGAGGAAGGAUGGCACAGUAACAAGAGAAGAAGCAGAAAUGGCAAUCAAUCAUUUCCGAAGAGAUAAGAAGAUUCAAGUUCAACUCAACACAGAUAAAGUUCUCGCUAUAAAUAGAUCUCUUGGUAUCUGCUUCAAAGUGGAAGGCAGAGACGACGUGUACAUGUUUCCAGCUCUCUUGCCUCCUAAGGAUCUGUCUGUCGUGUGGAAGAGAGACGAGAGUAAGAAAGUGUAUGUCGGUCGACGUCAAGUGUACAGCAGUCAGACGACCAUCUUCAGUCCACCUGCAUUUGGCAUGUUUCAAUCUAAAGUUUGCACUACAUUAGAUAAGAAAGCACAGCUGUGGAGGAAUGGACUGAUUUUAUCACAAGGUGAUACAGUUUCUAAUCGUGUUGAAUGUUUGGUUGCCAUGGUAGAUCCUGUUCGUUCUGUCGAUUUUGUAUGUCGUGGAGGUAAGGCAACAGAAGCAGAAUGCGUUUCCCUGCUCGACACUGUCAUUUCUCUUUGGAGAGAUACGUUAGACAGAUACAGUCCAGGCACUGACUAUGAGACUGAAUAUCUGAGCAGAAAGCAUUUAGAGGAACACAAAGAACUGAAUAAUAUUGUAUGAUAUAGUAUUAGUAGAUGAUAUAGGCUGUACUUAGUGGUCGAGGCUGGAGGACAAUAUUGAUAUUAA